AACGAGGAGAACAACCUACUCCACCCCCUACGACAGGUACGGGAACGUGUGCGACUCGAGCAGCGCCGACUGCGUGCACAGGCCCGAGAAGCCGAGCAUCGCCAGCCGCGCGUGCGUCGUCUCGGCCUCGAGCAUGAACUUCUUCGUGUCCGGGUUGCCGCAGAACUCGAGGGGAUCCAAGCCGAAGUCGCCCGCCGCUCUUCCACUACCCUUGGCCGCCUGCACGACGGAAACCAUCGACGUCAGCUCGGCCACCGCCGCAAACAACAGCAUGACGCCCAUGUUGCCCGACGCGAGCAUGGCGUCGUGGGCGUGGAGCGCGUCGAUGCCCGCGUACUUCUCGCCCGGGAAGUGGAUGCCCGCGUCGACCGUGAGCCAGCCGACGACCGCGAGCAUGCAGAUGCGGCCGUGCUUGAGCUCGGCCUCGCGCAUCCAGUAGACCAUGGGGAUCUCGGCGUACUCGCCCAUCCACCGCUCCUUGGGGAUGAUCACCUCCGCCAUGUUCCAGUCGCUGUCGGUGAACCGCAGCGGGUCGAAGCCGACGUUGCCCGGGUAGUCCAAACCGUCGAGCGCGGCGGGGCACUCGAGGAAGGGCAUGGCCGCCGACUUCGCGUCCAGCGACGUCGCCGGCGCGACCUUCGCGACCGGCGCGACGAGCGCGCUGGCCGUGGCCGCCAGGGCGACGACGACCUUCAUCUUACCACCUGCGCGCGGGGAGGGGAUUGCGCGUCGGCUGUGUGCGGGUCUCUCCUCUCGUGCGGCUGGCCAUGGUGCAGGCAACGCUCUGCCGCCGGCCGACGUCGGACGUCUGUGGUUCUCUCGAGCCCGACCGGUGUGCCGCUGGUGUACCGCUGCCCAGGCGAGUUAUAUUUCGCUUACAGCUGGUCCGCGAUAGCGCCAAUCAGUGCUAGGGCCGCCGCGCGGCCGCUUGUUCGAUGACCGGCUGCUGGCGGUGUUUGGCCAAUUUGAGGGCGAUUCGAGCCAAGAUUUCGCAGCAGCUGGCGGUCAGCGAAGGUCAGAAGGCGUUCCGAUGCGUGAUUCUUGUCUACGCCGAUUGGUACAGCCGCAAUCACGCCGCGAGCUUCGAGUUACAGAGGUAUCGAAUCG